UAAAGAUCAGACGGUAACAGAGAUCUUUAGCCCGAGAUAUAAUGUCAUUGUUGGGAAAAAUGGGUCAGGAAAAAGCAAUUUUUUCUCAGCUAUCCGGUUUGUUUUAAGUGAUGCAUAUACGCAUAUGGGGAGGGAGGAACGCCAGGCACUUCUUCAUGAAGGAGCAGGGCCAACAGUGAUGAGUGCAUAUGUAGAAAUAGUUUUUGAUAACACAGACAAUCGAUUUCCUACAGGGAAGGAAGAGGUAGUUCUUCGAAGGACUAUAGGUCUUAAAAAAGAUGAAUAUUCAUUGGAUAAAAAGAAUGUCAAUAAAUCGGAUGUAGUGAAUCUUUUAGAAAGUGCGGGAUUUUCUCGAAGUAAUCCAUAUUAUAUAGUUCCACAAGGAAGAAUAACAGCAUUAACAAAUGCUAAAGAUUCAGGAAGAUUGGCAUUACUUAAAGAAAUUGCAGGAACGCAAGUUUAUGAGCAACGUAGAGCAGAAUCUUUAAAGAUUAUCGAAGAAACAAUGGUUAAAAAAACGAAAAUUGACGAAUUGCUUAAAUAUAUUGACGAGAGAUUAAAUGAGUUAGAACAAGAAAAAAAUGAACUUAAAGAAUUUCAAAAAAAGAAUCGAGAACGUCGUUGUUUAGAAUAUACUAUUUAUUCUAGAGAACAAGAAGAAAUUAAUAAAGCUCUUAUUAAUAUAGAUGAAGAAAGAAUUAAAAAUAUUAAUUUGAACGAGGACAAAUGUGAUACAUUUAUAGAAAGAGAGCAUCAGAUUCAAGAAAUUAAUAAAAAUAUUACUAUAAUAAAGCAACAAUUGCAUUUAUUAAAUAUAGAAAAGUCACAGGCAGAAGAAGACAAACACUCUAAAAUCAAAGAAAAGGCACAAUUGGAAUUUAUUGCACGAAAUUUUAAAGAAUCAGAUGAGGAACUUGAAAGUUCGAAAGAUAUUUAUGAAAAAAAAUUAGAAAGUCUUGAAAAUGAAAUAAAAGAGAAAGAAACACAUCUUCAAUCGGUUCUUUUGGAGUUUCAAGAAGCAAAAAAUAAUGAAAUGCAGAUAAAAAAUAAACUUGAAAAUGCUCAAAAUCAACAGAAUUUACUAUAUUCUAAAAGAGGACGUUAUUCACAAUUUAAAAACAAAAAUGAACGUGAUAUAUGGUUACAACAAGAGAUUUCAGAUCUGAAAGAAAGUAUUAGAAAAAGAAAUCAAACUAAAAUUGAAUUAGAAGAAGAACUAGAAACACUUAAAAAAAAAAUCAAUGAUAUCUCGAAAUCUACAAAAUCUAUUAGAGAGGAAAUUGAAAAUAGAUCGCAAAUGUUAAACAAUAUUUCAAUUGAACAUUCAUCUGCUAAAAUAGUUCGUGAUCAAUUAAUGGAUGAGCGAAAGGAAUUGUGGCGGCAAGAAGCUAAAUUGGGUUUAACAAUAGAACACAUUAAAGAAGAAUUAAACCAUGCCCAAAAAAAUUUGAUAAAUACAAUAUCUAGAGAUAUAAAUUAUGGUUUAACUAAUGCCAAGAAAAUUGCAGAGAGACUCGAUUUAACGGGUUAUUAUGGUCCAUUGUAUGAAUUAUUCGAAGUGGAUGAUCGGUACAAAACUGCUGUUGAGGUUACAGCAGGAAAUAGUUUAUUUCAUGUUGUUGUUGAUAAUGAAGAUACUGCUUCUAAAAUUAUUGAUAUUUUGAAUAAAGAAAAGGGAGGCAGAAUUACUUGUAUGCCUCUUAAUCGUUUAUCUCCAAGGCAGGGGAAUUAUCCUGAUGCACCUGAUGCUAUACCAAUGUUAAAAAAAAUAACAUAUGACACUAAAUACCAGAAGGCAUUUGAACAGGUUUUCGGAAAAACUAUAAUUUGCCCAACUCUUGACAUAGCAGCUCAAUAUUCCCGUAGUCAUAAUAUCACAGCAAUAACAUUAAGUGGUGAUAGAUCUGAUAAAAAAGGUGCAUUUACAGGAGGGUUUCAUGAUAUUAGGAAAUCUAGGUUAGAGGCAGUAAAAUCUGUUAAAAAAUUUCAACAAGCUUAUGAAGAAAAUAACUCUUCAAUUGUUCAAAUCAAAAAAAUACUUGAAGAAAUGGAUCAAAAAGUUACACAACAAUUGUCAAAAAUACAAACUUUGGAAGCGAAAAAACAACAAAUUGAAGGAAAUUAUAAUCCACUCAGAAUAAAACUUUCAGCAACUCAAAAAGAAGAAGGAAUUCUGGAGCAAACAUUAUUAAAAAAACAAUCACUUUUAAAUGAUGUUGAUUUUAGUAUAAAUUCAUUAAAUUCUCAGUUAUCAUCAUUGCAAGAUGAAAUGAAAAUUGAAUUUAAAAAAACAUUGACGCAAUCAGAAGAAGAUACCCUUGAAAAUUUAAACAAAACUAUAGAUUCUAUUAAAAAUACGUAUGUUAAUCAUAACGUAAAAAGAACACAAUUAGAACAGCAAAAGAUUAAAUUAGAGAAUGAACUUCAUGAAAAUUUAUAUUUGCGCCUUGAUCAAUUAAAGACACAAAGUUUUAUAAAUGAUGAUGUAGAUGUCAAUAUGGAUGAAACGAAACAAAAUAUUUCUCAUGUUCAAGAUACUAUAGACACUAUUACUAAAAAACUUAACGACAUUGAGCUUUCUAUUGACCAAUUGUCUACAGAAUUGCACGAAAAAAGCGAAGAAAAAGCAUUGCUUCAGAAUAAACAAAAUGAUGAAGCUAGAACUAUAGAAAAAUACCAAAAAACUUUAGAACGUAACAUGGCAAAAAGAGCUUUAUUGCUUCAGAAUAAAGAAGAAUGCAAUAAAAAUAUAAGAGAUUUAGGAGUACUUCCAGAAGAAGCUUUUGAAAAGUUUUCUACCACUGAAUCAAAUACGAUUGUUAAACGGCUUCACAAAGUAAAUGAGGCACUUAAAAAAUUUAGUCAUGUUAAUAAAAAAGCUUUUGAACAAUAUAAUAGUUUCAUUAAACAGAGAGAUGCUCUUUUAGCUCGACGAAAAGAACUUGAUGAAUCUCAAGCAUCAAUUGAAAAUCUUAUUUCAGUUCUUGAUCAGAGAAAAGAUGAAGCUAUAGAAAGAAAUUUUAAACAAGUUUCAAAGAGUUUUUCAGAAGUAUUUGAGAAAUUGGUCCCUAUAGGAAAGGGACGACUUAUUAUGCAACGAAGAAUUGACCAUGCAGAAGAUAGAGAUCAUGAUGAAUAUAAUAAGGGAGAAGCACAGUACAAAAGUCCAGUAGAAAAUUAUGUAGGCGUUGCUAUUAGUGUGUCUUUUAACAACAAAGAAGGUGAACAACGAAUACAGCAAUUGAGUGGUGGACAAAAGAGUUUAUGUGCUCUUGCACUAAUUUUUGCUAUCCAGCGUUGUGAUCCAGCACCAUUUUAUCUUUUAGAUGAAGUCGAUGCAGCACUAGAUGCUCAAUACCGCACAGCUGUAGCAACAAUGCUUCAUGAAAUGUCAGAUAAUGGACAAUUUAUUUGUACAACAUUUAGACCCGAAAUGAUACAAACUGGUGAUAAAUUUUAUGGUAUUGUUUUUAAAAACAAAGUUUCAAGCAUUCAAUCAAUUGAAAGAGAAGAGGCAUUGGCAUUCGUCAAAUCAGAAGCACUUCAGUAAUUCAAAUUAUAAAAAUAAAAUUAUUAUUGAAA